AUGUCGGCCCCCGGGGCGAAGGGCUCCGUGUUCUCCGUCUUCCAGUCCCCCGCCGGCCGCACCUCCGGCCGGCACGGCUCGGUGGAUUCGGUGCUGGGGAGCUUCAGCCGCGAGGUGGCCAAGGUCGGCAGGGUGCGAUCCCUGCUGAAGUUGUUGCAGAAAAUCCUGAAGACAUCUGAUAAAGGAACUGAACAACCUGCUGACGUCCACAGUUUAGUCCCCUGUGGAGAUGUGGUUGGUUGCCUGGCUGUUCAUGUGAAGGUGUGCAAAGAUUUUACAUCAAAAUUCAAUAUACAGCAAAAUACAAACUUGCUGCUUCGCAUUAGUGUUAACGAAGUCAUGAAAUGCACAAAUCCACAAACUUUCAAAUCACAGUUAAAGAAGAACAGAAAGGACAUUGUGAUUCAUUUUGAAGAUGUGAAAUAUUUUUCUGUACAGGUUCCAAGGCAGCAACAGGAUGAGCGGAAUAGGAUUAUUCUAGAAUUGGUAGGAUUUCAAGGUCCAAAAGACUUUCCAAGGUUGCUGGGGAGUGCAACUGUACACCUUUAUGAAGUCAUUAAGGUUUUCUGCACAGUAGAAGUGGAGUUUAUGUUCUGCUAUGGAAGUUUCGGAUAUGGCUACUCGCACCAGCUGAAACAUUCUGCAGCAGAUCUUCGGAAGACCACUAAACAUUCCAUGUUUAUUCGGAUUCCACCACCUGAAGACAGAACAGAUCCUCAAAGUAAUAUUACCACAUCACAACACAUGGGAUACCCAGCAUUCUUAUCCCCAGAUCUGAAUGUGAGAGAAGAGACUCUUGAGAAGGAUAUUCCUACAACAUCUGGUGUGCCUUCUGAUGGUUUAGAAAUGUUUCAGAGUGUUCUGAAUAGAAUGUCUCCUCGAAAAAGAUUGGAAAAAAUGAAAAAGGAAUAUCGGGGUCUGAAAACAUGGCCCGAAAAGGCUGAGUAUUUAGACCAACUCAUCAUGAAAAGGGGACCUAAAAUGACAACAGAGCAGAAUAUGGGAGAUGCCAUGUGUUUUAGAGAUACUGCCAUGCAAACCUGUGAGGUGAAUUUUAAGGUUUGUGACAGGCUAUUUGUUAUGACUGAACCCAGCAAGGAUUUUGACCUGCCCUUGAGAAUUGCAGAGACCAUACUGAGAAGUGUGAAAACAGAUUUAAGUGAUGCCCAGGAACAUGCAGAAUCUGAAGAAAAUCCUCUUUCAGUUCCCAGAGAGACUGGAAUAUCUGCAUCUACUAUUUCUCAAAAACUGCCAACUAAGAAAGUAUCUGAAAAUCGGACGAGGAAAUCUUCAGAAGAUCAAGGCAAAAUUGUGGACUCAGAAAGUAUUAUUGCUAUAGCUCUAGAGAGGGAAACAAAAUUGGGAAACAAUCAUGGCAAAGAAGUAAUAAAAGAUCUGGAACCAGCAGGCAUAUCAUCAAAGAGGCCUGACCUGUCAGGUUUAGAAAAUUAUCCAGUAAUAGAAAUACAGUACCAGCAACCUAUUCUUAGUGGAGACAAGUUUGAACCUUUUUUGAGACAUGUAGGUAGAACACAAUCAAGUGCACAGAAUGAAAAGAAAGAAGAUCAAGAAGUGCCUAUUUUCACUCUUCUGAAAAACAAACUUUCAUGUGCAGAGAUUAAAGAAGACCAAGAUCCACCUGUCAAGGCAUCUUCAACAUUUGCAGCAAGAAGUCCAGAUAUUAUUUUAAGCAAGAACGGUCAGCACCUGUCCAUAUUAAAACUUAUAGAAUCAAAAAUGGAAUUAGAGGAGGAUGGGAUUAGCGUUAAAGAAGAGUCCCCAACACAGGCUAUAAGAACAGAUUUGCCAGAGAAAUGGCAUGAGGAAAGACUUUCAGAAACAGAAAUAGUACGUCUAAACUCUUUUUUAAGUAAAACUCUUGAAGACUUUCUUAUAGAUAGACUUAUAAAAGUAAUAAUGCUAAAAUCUGUUUUAAGCAAAAAUCUUGACGGGUUUGUCGCAGAGAGACUUUCAGAAAUAGGGAUAGUCACAAAGAUAGAAUUAGGAGAAGAAUACCAGAACCUACAGAGUAUUAUAGACGGAUCACCAGUUGUUUUAGAGAAAGAGUUACUUGAAAAAGGAAAAGAUAUUUCCAGGGAAAGGCUUUCAGAAGCAGAAAUAAUAAAUUUAAAAUCUGUUUUGAGUAAAAACCUGCAAGAUCGUCUCAUAGAGAGAUUUUCUGAAACAGGGAUAAUCACAGAUUUGGAGUUAGGAAAGCAGCACCAGAACCUAUCAUUGCAGGGAAUUAAAGAUAGAUCACCAGUGGUUUUGGAGAUGGAUUUAGCUGAGAAAAUGCAUGAUAGUUGUGAGAAGAGACCUUCAGAAAUGGAAAUAAGUCUUAAAUCUGUUGUAAACCAAAAUCUACAAUAUCUUCCCAUAGAGAGGCUUUUCGAAACAAGGCUAAUUGAAGAGGUGAAGUUAGGAAAGGAACACAAAAACUUUUCUUUGUCAAGGAUUGAUGAGAGACAACCAAAGCCUGAGGCAGAUUUAUCGAAGAAGAGGAAUGGUCAAUCCAGGGGAAAAUGUUCAGAACCUGAAAUAAUAAUAAAAUAUCUAAGUCAAAACAUACAAAACUGUGCCGCAGAGAGUCAUUCACAAACAGGGAUAAACACAGAGAUGGAGUUAGGAAAAGAGCACCCAAACCACUCAAUGCAGAUCAUCAAAGUCAAAUUGCCAAUGGUUAUGGAGACAAAUUCACCUAGGAUAGGACAAGAUUGUCACAAGCAGAGGCUUUCAGAACAACAAAUAAAUCUAAAAUCUGCUUCAGACAAAACUCUCCAAGAUUCUCUCAUAGAAAGACUUUUGGAAACAGAAAUAAUGAGUCUAAAGGAUUUUUUAAACAAAUGUCUCCAGGAUCAUCUCCUAGAAAAACUCUCAGAAACAGGAUUAAUCACAAAAGAGGAAUUAGAGACAGUACAUCAGAACCAUUCCUUGCUGAACAUUCUGGAAGGACAACCAAUGACGCUGGAGACAGAAUUACACAAUAUAAGCCAAGUUCAUUCUGGUGAGAGUCUUGCUAAACCACAUAUAAUAAAAGAAGAACCUGUUUUAAGUGGACAUAUACAGGACUUCCUUCUUGAGGUACUCUCAGAAACAGAAAUAAUGAAUCUAAAGUCAUUUUUAAGCAAAAAGAUCCAAGACCAUCUUGUAGAACGACUCUCUGAAAUAGGGUUGAUCACAGAGGAAGAGUUAAGAAAGAUAUACCACAAUUUGUUUGUGCUGAGAGCUAACAAAAGACUGUCAUGGGAUGUGGAAUCAGAUUUACCCGGGGAAGAGCAAAAUCUAAGUCUAAAAUCUCUUUUAACCAAAAACCUUAAAGAUAGACUUUCAGAAACAAAACUAGUACAUCUGAACUCUCUUUUAAGCAAAAUACUGAGGGAAGAUCAUAGAGACAAACUUUCUGAAACAGAAAUAAAAAGUCUAAAAUCUGUUUUAAGCAACAACUUGCAAAACCUUCCUAUAGAAAGUGCUUCAGAAACUGGGUUAAUCAAUGAGAUAGAAUUAGAGGGCGUAUGCCAGAAUGCUAAAGGAAAACCACUGAUAGUUACUGAUACAGAUAUACUUGAGAUAGAGCAAUGUCAUUCUAAGCAGAGUCUUGAUAAACUCACUAUAAUAAAUGAAAAGCCUAUUUUAAGAAAAGAGAAGUUAGAACUUCCUGUAGAGAAUGUUCCAGGACAAGUAACAUGUGUGAUGGCAAAUCUAAUCAAUGAAACCAAAAUCAAUAGUGUAAUACACCUUCCUCAAAAAAAUACUUUAGAAAAAGAGAGUCAAGACCCACAAAGUUGUUUUGGUAAAGCAGAAGUAGCAUAUUCAAACACAGAUUUUGACAAAUCUUUAAAACCAAAGCCCCCGAAUGAGACUUUGAAGGGAACACAUGAAACAAUAGACUCAACUUCCUUACGUGCCCAUGAUAUUGCUAUCCAAACAGAACUUAAGGAAUAUCUCUGCAAACCAACACUGUCCUUUCCCGUAAACCCUCAAACAUUUAUCUUUGUACAUUCAGGGUCUGAGGAAGAAACUAAGUCACCAAACAAGUCUCAUGAGAAGUCAAAAGGCAAAAAAAAGCAUGCUAAGCGUUCUAAGAAGCAUGUUGCAUCAUGCUACCCACCCCAGGGACAAGUAUUAAUGUGCACAACGUUUAAAAAGGAAAAACAUGGUUUGAAUAACUGUCAGGAGAUCUUAAAGGGAAAACAUUCUGAACCACCACCUCCAAGAUCUUGUGUUUCAGAAGCCAAGAAGGAUUCAAAAGACUCAACAGUCUCAAACAUUUUGAAAAAGGAAAGCCUGAAGCAGAAAGCUGAGCAAGAAAGAGAGAAUGAUAGGAGACCAAAGAAAUCACUUAGCAAGUCUAUUAAGAUACCAACAGCCACAGUGUCUGAACCACAGCUACAGCACUCUGAAAAAGCAUCGCAAGAAAAAUCAUACGUGAGUAGUUUCCAUUUGACUGGUGUGCAGAAGGAAAUAGACCUGUAA